AGGUGGUUCCUGUUUCUGUACUGUUCCAUUGUACAACUAUUCAACCACUGUUCAGCCGAAAGCGAAGAAGUGAUUCAAGUGGAUACAUUUCUAGCGAGUGUAAACUUAAGCGAACAAAAAGUAUUCUUCGUGAGAAAUAACUUGGAGGUAAGUCGAUUACACAACAGUGAAAAUUAUAUUCAUUAAGGAUUGUAUCGAAACAUAUUUAUCCAUAGAGGAUGGUAAUUAAAAAGAGGGGAAAACAAAAACAAAAGCGAAGCAAAGCAAGGCAAAGCAAAAAGAAGAAGAGGCCUACAAAACAUACCAGGACAAACAGCCAAACAAGGAAAACUAUUUCUCUACUAUAAUAUUUUCUGAAAUUUUGGAUUCCAGGGUGACAUAGAAUUCCAAGAGAGUCAAAAUACUUCAUUAAAGGUCCAUGUUUCCGGAGAGGAUAGAGAUUUUGAACGUAUAAGGAUUGAGUACGAUGUUCUUCAUGAAGAGGAUAUUGUUGACAUACAAGUGGUAAGCUAGCUAUGAAUUCAAAUUUGAACAAAUUCCCAUUGAGAGUCGUAAAACCAAAAGCGAAAUAAAAGAAAAACGCAUCAACCAUUUAGAAGAAAGGAAAACACAUGUGGCUAAGUCGUGGUUGUCUUUUGUCUUAAACGCUAUCGGUUGAGAAAGUGGCACGGGUUUUCUGGACCAAUCACGGAGAGAAGUAGAAUAGAACCAAGAAAUCGCCAAUUAUCUUCAAUCGGAAAUCCCUCUAAUAUCGAUCCUUGUGAAUUUAAAUCAUAGAGGCACACUGAGACUUAUUUAGUAUAUAUUACACGGGCGUUUUCAGAACUUUCCAACUUCUGUUCAGCGCGUUAUUGGUGGACGAGAAGUGAAACUAUUUACUUUCCACGUCUCCAGAAUGCUUAAGUUUCCUUCUGUUUCUAUGACCUGGUUGUUACUGUAAGCGCCUACAUGUCCCCUUUUAUCGCCGGUUUCAGAAAUAUUUCUUACUGUCUUACAUUUUCUCCAAAAUGACUAUAUUGCUGCAUUUUUCUUGUCAUAAUACUGACACGUUCUCUUUUUCUUCUAGUUCAUUUUGCCCGAGACAACAACAAACUGGUCAAUAGUAGGAGGUCUUGUUGCAGGGGCUGGAAUCUUUCUGAUAGUCAUCAUUGUCGUAUUGAUUAUUUGCGUGUUCAAAAGGAGAGUAAGAAAGCGACAGUACGGGUGUACCCUGACAGGAAAAGAAGCAGACGAGGAAUUUGAAAUGAGAAAACGCGGUACAGCUGUUGCAGGUAUAUACCUUCUUAGUCGUAAUAAUCACAGGAGUAGGCUGAAUGUAAUACUGUAUUAGAUACAGUAGCAGUUCGACUUCUUUGGCGAAUCGUUCGAAGUAAAAGUGACAAGUGGCCGUUUCAUCAGUCAAAUUAAAAUGAAACCAAAAAAAUGAAUAAACUAAUAAAGUGGUAAAUAAGCAGCAGGCCUCACGAACGUAUCUUUUUCCCUCCUUUCACAAGAAAAACUUACAAUGUUUGAAGAUUCAAAGAAAGAGAAAAUGAUGUGCGAUCAACAGGACGGCAAAUGCUACAGGCAAUUGAUAAAUCGAAGUCCUUGGAUGGAAAGUGAGUACUUGUAGAUAUUGGUUCGUCCCAUUUAAGGAUUGCAUUUUAAGCGAUGGCCGAGCGAUGACCGAGAAAGCUCAAAAUCAAAUCUUAUUUUGAAUAAAACCUUAUUUUACAAACUUUUUUCUUUAAAUGAAGGGAAAAUUGCUACUUUCGAAACUCCACAAUUACCAGUUGAAGAGGACAGUGGGAAAGGAAAAAGUAAAACCAUAGAAACUACAGAAACUAUAAGACAACUUCAAAAGGAAGGUACUUCUGAAAUAUCUCUCCUAAUAUUAAUUGAAUAAAAUAAUUGUCAGCACCGUGUUUGCUCACGCAAGCCCACGGAUAAAUAUCAACAGGACUCAUGCACAAGUAAAUAAGUUAUUUGUUUCUUGUUUUAGUUAUGAUUGAUUCGUUAAAAAGCACGUUUGCUUUUCCACCCGGCCUAGAGAUCGGUGUAUGUCGACUUUACCGGCAUCUUGUCACAUAACACCAUCAUGUUAUAAAUAACUUGGCCUUUAGUAACAGGGUAUGAUAGAAGUUAGGUUUUCCAUUUCUGCUACCAGGAAUUACAAAAUUGACACCUUUACUAACACCUUACUAGGGAAAAGCCAUGACUCAGAGGCUCCUCGACGAACAAGAACUGUGCCUACCCAGUCCUCGACCUUGAUAUCAGUACGAACAGCUUUUCUGGUACUCACUUUAAUCGCAGUAGCCUUAGCAACGACCAAAGCACCCUCAGUUAAAAUCGUCAUUUGCGUGCCAGCAAAUUUCGUCGGAAACGGCUCAAAGAUCUUCUUCAAUGAGGAUUUCCACGGAAGGCUGUUAUUAUCCAGAGGAUUUAGAGCAAAAAUGAACCAUUUUCAACAGUUUGGUAAGUUUCUAUAAAUCAUCUUAAAUUUAUACACCUUCAGAAGGCUUUUAUUUUUUUUCCAUGUUUUUUUUGUGGCGUACCUGUAAACUAGCUUUCUAGCUAAGCGUACCGACACCAUUAAAUACAUUGAUUGAUUGAUCUGAUUGAUUAUAUUGUGGUAAUUUUUUCACUCGGAGUAGAGUAAAAAGUGAUUGUGCGGGGAACAAAGUAUGCAUCUUCCUUAAUCUUUCUUUUUACCUUCAGAACUUACUGAUUACGAAAAAUCAAGCAUUUGAGGCAAAAACAUGUACCGGUCUUCAUCAGUGGCUUUGAACAUAUCGUGAUCUUCAUUUUUUUCUUUCUUUGUAGCUAUACCAUCAGCUUCAAAAAAAGUAUCGCCCUUAGAUAAAUGCCCCAACUCGUGCCACUUUGCUUGUGACGGACAAUCAGAGGGGUGCAUCUGUCCCAGAGGAUAUGAAAUGAACAGGGGAACCUGCCAUGGUGUGUAUCCUAUGUCAAAAUAUCUGUUGAUUUUAGUUGCAAAAGAUUGUGAUAGUAAUCUCGAAGACUUAUACAGUUUUUUAUUAUUAUUUUAUUAUUAUGACUAUGAUUAUUAUAAAUUAAAGGAGAGAUUAAGUAGUGUACAAGCAAGAGAGGAUAAUUGGUCUCCUCUUGAAGCGUCGAUGAGCAGAUUUUCCUCAUUUUCCUCAUUUUCCUCAUUUUUACUAUUUUCACUGAUUUUGUUAUAGAUAUUGAUGAAUGCACCAGAAAAAAGCAUAACUGUCAUGUACGAUCCAUGUGUAACAAUACCAUUGGUGGUUUUCUGUGCACGUGUGAUGAAGGAUACUGGGGAGAUGGAAUCACGUGCAAAGGUAUUUUUUAGAUCUGAGUCCAUUUCCCUCUGAAGACGUGCGUAAUGAGUUUUUGAGAAUGCUGAAAGCUGUGAAAAAAAAUUAAUUAAUCUUCCGAAAUUGUUCGCAUAUCCUAAAUACUUGAAGAAAUUUCUCUCUUUUUUAAAUUUAUUAUUUUAUUUAUUGUGAAAUAUGAAAUGUUUUCCGGUUCAAGAACUGGUAGCACAGCAUCUACUUACAUCAAAGUUCGGUUUAGCUUGCAGCACUACCCCUUGUCCAGAAAAUUCUUACCAAUCAGAAUCGUGCACGAGGACAAGCGACCGGGUGUGCACAGGUAAGUGUGACUCUGCUAUAGACAUUAUCGUGAACUUAAAGAUCGACUUUACGUCUUUUACUACCCUGACUUCAUUACGACUUGAAAGAACGUCUAACUCAAGCUUUAUUGGUUUUCAACUUACAGCUUGUAGCCCGAAAUGCGAAAAGACGACAUAUCAAGCGUAUGGCUGUGGGUUAACCUUCGACCGAAAGUGCGUCGGUGAGUAAACAGACUGUUGUUUUCAACUUCAUUAGUCUUUACUAGUUACAGUUUGGAUAACUUCCAUGAGAAAGCGCUUUUUUUUUUCCUUUCGAGGCUCGCUUGGCUUAAUGCACCUUUGAUAAGGAAUGGUAAACAAAAUUAUAUAGAUGAAUUAUGAUUUCUAACUCAGACUCUGAAAAUUCCUAUGACAGAUAUAUCCAAGCCCUUAACGUUGAGCAAAAGAGUAAAUGAUAAGGAAACCCUCGAAGGUAAGACCGAUGAUCAAUAUCAUUAAUGCAGGCUAUGUAAAAAAUGUCACAGUUGUUGUGACGAUGUGUGGCUCGAGUCCAUCGUUCACCCUUUCCUUCAAGAUCUCGCCUUAUUGCUUCUUUUUUGCCUAUCGAUCUGCUUCGCUUUAAAUUGUCCCUUAGGUUAACCUAACAGUAAAAAUUCAGCCCGAAUUUUCAUUCAGCAGAUUUUCUUCACAAAGUAACUCAGCCCGUCUAUCUAUACGUCUUAGUCUCUCUGCAGCUUAUUAUCCGAAAAUCAUGUCUGGUGUUCAUGAUUACACAGCAUGCCAUACUAGUUGAUUUCUUGAAAUGCCAUGCAUUUCAAAAUUUUCUUGAGAUUCUGCUGAUUUAAACAACUGAUAUAGAUAUAUGUAUCUUUUUUUUUUUGUUAUCAGCUCAAUCAGGCAGCAAGCUUUUUGUGCUUUCACCAUCGAAAGAAUUCGUUCUAUUCGAAGAUCGCCUCUGGUUAAACAGGACGAGUGAAACCUUUUUCCUUCAAGGAAAUUCAUCGAAGCAAGCUCGUUUGCAUCGAAAUUCAAACUUUCACGUAGACGUAAUAAUUGACGAGGCCAACCUAGUUCCAACGUACAGUGAUUAUGAUGCAGGGAACUCCUAUGAGGAAAAUCUCGAAUUUGCAGGUGUGCCAGGAUUCUCUGCCGUAUUUCACAACUACUGCAGGUACCCAGCACCAAAUCACUACACCAUCCAUCAUGUCUUGCAGCGUAAGCGCCAGACAAAGGUAUAUCCCGCCAAGUGUUUUCACCAUUCACGACGACUGUGCCCAGAUGACGUCGCACCAGGUGACUUAUAUCAUUACAGAUCUUUGAAUGACGCUUGUGAAACUGCGGAAACUUCCACCAUCUGCUCAAAACAUGAUCAGAGAGACUGUGUACUUCAAACAGGCUUGGACAAACUGUAUUGUACAAACUACACCAAUAUUAUCACCGAUAUAUUUGGCUUAAACAAAGCUGAAUUUAAAGAAAAGCCGUUGUUUUCCUUUCCGACACAUUUUUGCGCGCAUGCAUAUCGCGCUUGCAGAAUGUGUAGAAGUAAAUGUUCACAUUGUGACCAAUCUGCAAGUCAUGCAGACAGCUCAUGCUCCUGUUGCUACAAAGACUGCCUUUCUAGCUGUUCCGAUUUCUACAGGGAGUACAACUGUACCCAGAUACCAAAGAAAUGCGCUAGAGGAGACACCAGCCAGUUUCAAUUGACCAUGAACAAGCCAUCUAACUUGAAGUUACAGUUUAAUUGCUUUCUUCAACACAAUGUCCCAAAGACCUUGUAUACCCUACGAUACAGAGUAAAGCACAAGAGUGGACGCUUCGUUUCACAAUGGAUCUCUAAAACCUUGGAAACUACGUCAGGAGAAGAUUCUAAGUCAGUGAUGCACCAGGGAACUAAUCGCCUCGACUCCUUGGAAGUUUCCCACUCAGUAAAUUUUGAUAUUCCUAAUUUACUUUAUCUUCGAGCCCAGAGGGACACUGAAAAUAAACCGUACAAAUACACGGUAGCUAGCUUGGAGGGAGAAAACAUAACUUUAGCUAGAGCUAGCGAGGCAGGCACAAUUGAGAUUCUGACCAAGACACCAUUUUCAAUCACCACCAGAACUUGGAGUGAUGGUGGUAACUGCCAGAGUCUUUCUGAUUGGUCAAAGACCAUUCGCGGUCCUAUUUCAGAAUGGAUACCUGCAAAAGUGGAGCAUCUUGGUGUUCAAUCCCAGGGCGAGUUUGCAUAUCGUUUACAGAACUCUCAGCGAUCGCCUAUGAUGACAGUGACCAUUCCUGAAAAUGAAUCGAUUCUUAAGCAUGUCCUGACUAAUGCGACAAUUCGUAAUGACGAGACAUUUAAAAGUAGUUUGACUCGAACAAACACUAGUUGGAAUGCUAGGAUCGGUGGACUUCUGACCACUUGUCCUGGUUUCUUCACUCUUGAAGUCAUCGAUGAAGUGGAUAAUUUGAGAGUUAUGCAUCAAGAUGUGGUGAUACUUUGUCCAGCGACCCAAUUCGAGAUGGACAUACAAGUUCCAAGGAACGGUUUACAGGAUAAGGAGCGACUUUUUACCGUUCGUUUCUCUAACGCUAAACAAAAACUGGACCUGACGUUAGCCCUAGUUGACAAAGAAGCCAGGAAAGUGAGAGAACCAGUGGAGAAACAUCAUGAUACGAAACCAAACCCUUGGAUGAUAUUGAUGCCACUCUUCGUUAUCACGGGCUGUGUACUUCUUUCUCUGCUGGGUUUGAUCAUCUAUGCACAGGUCACGCAAAAAGACAAGGAUACUUCAACAGAUAAGAAUCAUUCUGGGUGGAAAUUCGUUAAGAACAAGAAAGUAUCUAUGGGUAAAACUGAAGUUGGGAGGGCGACUACUCCGCCAAAAGACGAAAACAGACUCAAACGAAGGCAUCUCAUCUUGGUUGCCUUCUUUGCCGUGUUUAGAAUACUUUACAGUAUGGCGUUUACGUUUUCGAUGGCUUUCGCCAUUUUGACGCUUCUUCACGCCGACAAUAUGAAAAUAAUUCAAGAAUUUCAAAACUUUGUGUACGAAAAAAUUGAAGAGAGUAAUGCUAUCGCUUUACGAAUGGACCAACAUCGUGAAAGAGAAGUCAAACGUCUUCUUGACGCUAGCGAAGACAUACAGAGAUCUUGCGACUACUUUAUUGGUCUACAGCUGCAUUGGCUGAGGUUCAACAGUACUUGCCUGAUACAGGAAAACCACCUGAAAAUGUUUAACAAAUUAAGUAGGAAAAUUGUCAGCAAUGUAGAAGAAAAAGUUCACAAAUUAAAGAGAGACAUUGACGAGCGAAUAAACGAAUUUCAGGGGGGUACCAAGAGACAGUUAAAGGAAGUCAAGGAGAGUUUGACGAACUACGCCAAAAGAGUUUUCAACAAUGGCUGGUUUGCUUUGCCGAAAGGGGCAUAUGAAAUAAAGAUGUCAACAUCCCGGAAGAGGAGAGGAAUCGUUGUUAAUGGUAACUCAACACGACAAUUCUAUCAUCCAAAGGAUGAAAAAUCAAGCGGUAAUGAAAACAAUGGGGGGCCCAGCAAGAAAAACAAGAAUGGAUAUUCCAUCAGAAGAAAACGGAGCAUAGCGGACAGUUCCCUCGUUGGAUUUCUUGAUUACGUUGGGGCUUUAGAUCAAGAAAAACUCAUUCAAGCCGAAAAUAACAUCAUUUCCAAGCUAGAAUAUGUAAAAGAAGGCCUGGGGGACUUUAGCGAAGUCCUAAAGACCGGCAAGUCGCCUGAACAUCCCCUUAGCACCAUACUCAUGUGUCCUCUAAGGUAUAUGUUAAAAUCCGCAAAGAAACAAGUGCAGAAAGGUAUACGGAAGUUGGUCGACGAGGGUGAGGAGUGGGCAAAAGGCAAAGCCGAAUGUUUUGAAGGGAAAGUCAGUCACUUCUUUGCUUCGAAUGACUCUGUUAUAGAAUUUAACGAAAGCAAAACAGAUACCGAAUUCUUCUCCGAGCGCAUUGUCUACGAAGAUGUCUAUGGCCUAGACACAAUUUCAAACGUUUCAAAAGCAAGCCAGUCAUCCAUCAUCAAGUCUGCAAAAGGAGGAUCCUUCUACAACAUUGAAAAGGGAGAUAUCAUGGAAGAAAUGGUUGACAGCCAAAAGGAAGAACUCCUUGAAAGGAAAGCAAAAAUAAAAAAUGUUACCAAAGUGUAUGACGCUGAAGUUUUCUUUACGACCAGAAAGGCCGUCUUAGGAGUGUUUGUGUUGCUCGAUAUUCUGCUCUUCAUAUAUCGCGGGUCGAAAACUUACCAAAUUGCUUUUAAAUUAAUCGAAGGAUUUGAGGAAAUUGUAAGCCACGACGAGGAUGAAUUUGACGAAAAACAAUCCAAAAUCAAGGAAAGAGCGGAGAAACUUCUUCGAAGGACCUUUGACCUCCUCGCUGAGACGUUUUCAAGGUUUAUAGCGCUCUGUAAGAGUCUUCAGAAACGUAUCAUGCGCACAAAUCUGCUCCCGCUGAUCAUGAUAAUUGCUUUGUCUACAGCUACACUGUACCUUAUCGUCGCUUUACUUUAUAAUGUAAUGAAUGUGACCGUUAUAGAAGAACUUGGUGGAUACAAUAUGAUUGCUUCUCGUCUGGACACGGAUCUCCGCUUCACAAACCUCGCCAUAGAAGAUCAGGUGGAUUUUAUCAAUAACAAUGCACUGGAUCAGUACAAGAAAUCCGUAAGUGCUUCCAUCAGUGAAUACAACAGCAUGAUCUUGGACCUCAACAAGGAACAGCAAGAGGGCAUGGAACGACUUAAUAGACAACUCUGUUCCCUGGAGGAUGACCCGAAAAACUGCUUUGGGGAACAAGCAUCUCUUCUGAAUUUUAACUUCCACUCCUGUAUUAUCCCGACACUGGAAGGAACACCUUAUGAGGAUUACGAAAGUGACGCUUACCGCCAGCGAAUUAAGCGCGAAUCAAAACGGUUUGUGGACGCCAUACGAAAUAUAAUAUUGGAGACGGUUUAUUUCAUUCUGGCGGCUGCCUUGUCGAUUUUGAUAAUCACAGCUCUUACCUACGUUGUGUUUCUGUUCUUUAAGGCAAGAGGGAUGGUUCGGUUGAAAAAAGUUCACGUGUAUAAAGCCCUGCCAGCUGAAAUUCUGGAGCAAUUUCAUUUGAAAACAAUGGAGUCGGAAGAUGAACACGAUGGCAGAAACAUACAUGACAAACACGGAGAUCAUCGUAAAGUAACGAUUCCUAAAGUCUUCCUCACGGCUUCAACAGAAAGCAUCAAUAGUUCGCGAGAAUCUGUCCAAACCUGCUAA